UCAUAGGUUUUUGUCAUUUAUGUUAUAUAUUCAGAACCUUCACGUUUCUUGUGCAAAAACAGUAGUAUACCACAGAAGUGAUAGGGUUCUGUACCGCUGUGAAAAUGUUGUGCCGUUACGUUAUGUCCACCAUAGAGCUACAAACAACUAUACAAACAAGAAUGACGGGAUGACGGGAUGAAGGAAAAUUGGGAGAAAGAACGGCCAUUGCCCAAAAUCGGCCUCUUUUAAUAUCAGGCGUCCGUGUGCUAAGACGCAUUUUAAUUAGCUAAGUGCAGUGGUUGCUGUUUUUGAACGUGAACCAGGACCCCCCCCCCCCUAGCAACAGCUAGUGUGCGCUAGGGAAAUUUAACGUUCAGGACCUCUUUUUUAUAUUGGACCUUAAAAAGGUCAUCCGUCAGCACACGGCCGGCUCGGGAAAUAUUGGAAACAGUUUCCGAGCCGAAACACUACUAUCUGGCCAAUCGCAAAAUAGUUUUCCCUUCUCGGCUUGACCAAGGUGGCCUUGCCACGGUCGGCCGAUCGUGCCAACGAAGGACGACGCCUGCUAUCCCAUCGUCCAGCAACGCCCGCUGGCCUGUCAUCCGCUCGCUUCGCCAAUCUGGCGAGAGUUCCGGCCGCACAGUAGGACAGGAGUCACUGUGUUGGCCAUCCCGAUUUACCAUCAACGGCAGCAGCGGUAUGUACCGGUACAGUAAAUAACACGAUUAGGCUACACGACACAAAUUACACGAAAUUAUAAACACAGAACAACACGCACACAACACAGAAAGUGGCAAAUAAAAGCAUCUAAAGAAAAGUGAAAGUUCUUCGUUUUUGUAUCGCGAAACCCUUUGAUUACCCGGUAGCUAGCCGACCCUGGGUGUUCCGGAGCUUGCUCUUGUCGCCUGAGUCGACCGGGUGCUGUAUGUUUGAUCUCCGAGUAGGUAGUUGGUGAGUGCUGAGUUCUUACAUCAGUUAUACUUGGCGCCCAACUAAAAGUCCGCGAAAGGUAAUCAAGGGUCCGUCGUAGUAUACAAAAAUCUAAGGAUUUUUCCGACGGGAGGUGGCAGAGAUCCGUGCUUGCACGUAUGUUUGUCUCCACUUCACUUUUUAGCACUUUGGUGAAAUUUUUGCGAAACUCGAAGUGUUUUUCAUUAAAAGAGGUCCUGAACCCAAUUUGCUACCGAUUGUUGUUUUUUUCAUUGCUAAAUUCGUUGAUGUUGGUUAUUUUUGUUUUUUUUUUAUCGCGAAUCGUUUAUGUGUAAAAAAAAAUCAUAAAUCAUAAUUGAACUUUAUUUAUUUCAUGUCCAAUCAUCACGACAACAAUCGCGCACUAUUUGUAAUGAUGUUUAUCACUGUUUGUUUUGAUCCGCAUACGCGAUGUUUUUAUACAAAUUUAUUUUAACCCACUACCCACACCACUGAUUCUCCACAACAAUGACACGCAAGAAACUAGCAAAGGCUCAAACAAAUUAUGAGCCAAUUACCUGGCAAGCAGAGGAGUACGAUGCAGAUGAUUCGGACCUGGAGGAAUCACUUGGGAUUCCUAGGCUGCUCCCAUCUUCACAUCCCAACUAUCCGCUAGAGGAGUUGGAACUGGACCUCGAAGAAACUCUGUUUACAUUGAGGAAUCAGAGGACAGAAGGCCGCCUCAUGCCAGAAGACGUAAGUAAACUUAAACGAAUUAUGAACCUGUUUUUGCGUGACAUGAACAUCAUCACUAGUGACAUUAAUUCACGAUUUUUACCACCUAGCGCGACAUGCGAAUACAGGGAACCCGAGUCGGACCCGGAAUCAGAUAUUGUGCUGAUAGUUCCCAGCUCUGACUCGGAAGAUUUAGAUCCGUCCUCCAGCAAAUCCGAUUCAGAUUCGGAUGAUGUGCUUCAGGUCAAAAAGGGAACGUACAGAAGCCCCAUGUCACGCAAUAGUUCCGGCUUUUACAGCCAGGAAAAUACCAGUAAGUCGAAGCUUCCUUCUUCGAACUGUCCUCGCGACUUACCUGGUAGAGCUUUCCAAACUUCAAACUCACUAACUUCGAACCCCGAAUCCCAAAGAAAGCAAACCCGAUCUUUCAAGAUCAGGAAAAAGGCCACAAAGUAUAUUCAAGAGGAACCUACGGCCAAAGAACUGUGCAGUAAAUUUAUAUCGAUUUUGGAACUUGAACAUUCUAGGAAUAUUCCGCGUUCCGGAUGCACACCUGGAACCCAAACCCAUUCUUUCAAACACCACAAAAAGAAAAACAAAUCGUUCUAA